UGCGAUGUUUCUCCAAGCAUCAACUCUGUGGAACUUACUAGGCAUAACGACGGCCUUGUUGGCCGUAGCUUACGCCUAUACCAAGUGGUGCUUUCAGUACUGGAAGAAGAGGAAUGUGCCUUACAUUGAACCCACCAUACCCUUCGGUAACUUGGGCAGUCCGCUGAAAGAGAAUGUGGAUGAAAGCAUGGCCCAGAUGUACAAAAAGGCGAAAGUGAAAGGUUGGAAAUACUGUGGAAUGUAUAUUUCGCUGUCCCCUAACUUAUUGGUACUGGAUCUGGAGAUGAUAAAGAACAUCCUAACGAAGGAUUUCCAGUACUUCAUGGACAGAGGAACUUACACGAACGAAAAGGACGAUCCCGUCGGUUGUCACCUGUUCAACCUCACCGGUUCCAGGUGGAGGAAUCUAAGGGCCAAAUUGUCGCCGACAUUCACCUCUGGCAAGUUGAAGGCGAUGUUCCAGACUUUGGUGGACUGCGGUUUGGUUCUCGAGAACUAUAUCGAGAGUAAAAUUAAACCGGACGAAGCCGUCGACAUUAAGGAGCUUCUAG